AGCAUGCCAAUGCCAUAUACUGUACAGAGUACUGUAGACAGCAGAGAAGGCAUUGUGCAGUGCAUACAAGUCAAUCACUCCGGUGACUAGAUCACUACUUACUAUAGAAGAAAAGACGAGGUGCAUCGUUGGGAAGGAUUGUUAGAAUCUUUUCUAGGAUUUUCCCUGUUCCAUCUAUUCGAAUAUGGAGCGCUAUAUACAUCAACACCAGCCAACAAGACCAUAACCAGUACGUCUGCCUCUCAAUCCUAUACCUACUCCUCGAGCAACUCCGCAUGAAAACCACCUUCGUAGCACCAGACUACCUAGUCCUCCUCAGGGAUACCAUAAAACGAGGCAUCAGCAGUGCUCGACUGCAAGCAAUGUCCCCAGCGGUAUUUUUCAAUAAUACAAAAUGUCAUUAUCCUUGGUGUCGUCUGCAUGUGUGCUGCAGAGUGCUAUGCGAGGAUUCUCGAGGCGAUCGAUGAGGAAGAGAGGCAUGCUUCUAGGAUGGGUGAGGGGAAACAAUUGGAUAUUUCUGGUGGGCUGAAUGGCGUGGUUCCGUGUGACCAGACGGGCUCUUUGGAUAAUGGCAUUCUUGUGUUAUCCCCGGUCGAUGUCAAGCCAUCGGAAUGGAGAGGUACAAUGCGUAAUAUCGUGCAGGGUGAGAUAUUCGGUGUCGAUGGCCGUCGGGAGAAUUGUCUGGUAUCGUUGGUCGAGCGGUUGGAUGAGCGGCAGAAAAGUUGGCAUCAGUCUUUCUAUGUGUCAUUAUCUGGAUCGGAGACCGACUUGUUUGAUGCUUGUUGAGGAUGUGCGGAAUCUUAUUGGUCAUCUUGGUCUCUAGGUUGCUAAGUUUAUGGCUCGGAGUAGGUCACAGUUCUAUAUAUUUCACAACUGCCAACAAGGGUUCUUGGCAGCCACAGGCAUUUUAUAACAUACCUACUUGUAAUAUGCACGCUUGAUAGCGUUCCACAAGCCUGGCUUGCGU